AUGAGAUUUUUUUGGUGCGAAUGUGGUGUUACCGUGCCUGAGGAUACAAUACCGAGGUGUGCAUGGUGCCGCCGGCGACAUUUGCAUGACUCCCUGUGGUGGAGAGAGUGGCAGGAAGUAGGCUCGAAGAUGCCUUUCUUUGAAGAUGACCCGUGCUAUCCGCUCUGGGUGACGGACGAAAAUGGAGAGUAUCCAAAACCGUAUCCAAAGCUCAGGUAUAGCAGUCUGGUAUCUGGCUAA